CACAACUCUGACGUUUCAUGUUGUUGUACGACCAGUGAGAAGUGAAAAAUCAUCAAUCUCUGGCUGGAAUCCCCGCAAACUCUCUUCCAGAUUUUACGUUUUUAUCGCCUUGAGGCCGAUUCUUUCCCCAGGGCCACACGAUGAUCAAGGCCAUUUUAGUGUUCAACAAUCAUGGGAAACCGCGGCUGUCCAAGUUUUACCAGUAUUUUAACGAAGACAUGCAGCAGCAGAUAAUCAAGGAAACGUUCCAGCUGGUGUCAAAGCGGGACGACAAUGUUUGCAACUUUCUCGAGGGUGGCAGUCUGAUUGGUGGGUCCGAUUUCAAGCUGAUCUAUCGGCACUAUGCCACGCUGUACUUUGUCUUCUGUGUGGACUCGUCGGAGAGCGAGUUGGGCAUUCUGGACCUGAUUCAAGUGUUUGUCGAAACGUUGGAUAAAUGCUUCGAAAAUGUUUGCGAAUUAGAUCUCAUUUUCCACGCGGAUGCCGUCCACCAUAUCCUGUCCGAGCUGGUGAUGGGAGGGAUGGUACUUCAGACCAAUAUGGCAGAUAUCCUGGCUCGGAUCGAAGAACAAAACAAACUGCAGAAGCAGGAAGCUGGUCUGUCGGCCGCUCCGGCACGCGCCGUCAGUGCCGUCAAGAGCAUGAAUCUCCCCCAGCAGAUCAAGGACAUCAAAUUACCUGAUCUUCCCCAAGCCAUCAAGGACUUGAAAUUCUGACCAAACACCAACUUCGACACUUCGUUACUCAACAAGAUAGCGUCCGACUCGUCCUACAUUCCGAUCAACAGCGCCCUCGACGGGUUCAACUUUGACUCGUACCAAUCGGAGCAUCCUCCGUUGGCCAUCUGCGAAUCGUCCAGUUCCGCCGCUAGCAGUGAAUUACGACGGCAGCAGCAGCAAAAAGGCAGACGGAAGUCGUCUAAAAGGAACGUCGCCGGCAAUGGCGAACAAGGCGACGAGGAAAUGGUCUAAAAUUGGUGCAGAAACAUAGAAAAAAAAAACUUCAAGAAAACACAAUAUAACGUGCAAUCUGCUUGUGGGCGUGCUUCUCAAUUGUGAACCAAACAUUAUAUUCAAGAGAUGUUAGUCGGAUGCUGUAUUAACCUAAUUAAUAAAGAUACACCUUUUAUAACAUAA